AUGGUCACCCCACCCACCAUCUAUCAUUAUCUUGAUAUCGGCAGGCUAGGCCGCGGAGAGGUAGUCAACCUAUUUUUGAAGGACGCAGGAAUCGACUACAAGGAUGUCCGCUACCCAUACGAUAACACUUGGGCGGAAACCAGCAAAAAGCUCCGCCAGAGUGGACUCACGAGAACUGGCCACCUGCCUGCACUGGAAUACGGCGGCUCACACAUCCCGAUACUCCGCUACCUUUCCCGUGAUCUCGGUGCUUAUGAUGGCAACACCAAUUGGGAGAAAUAUCUGGUUGAUGCGGUUUCAGAUAUCUAUGUUGACUGGAGGUCUCAAUGGAUCGCGAUCUUGAAAGGGGUGACCGACUCCUACAGGCAAUAUGUCCCCACAUACUAUGACCUGCUUGCCCAGUAUUACUCCGACGUGGAUGGACCUUAUCUUUUAGGGGAUAAGAUCACAUAUGCCGACUUUGCUGUGUAUCAAUCCAUUGACAACGAUACAAGGACAGGCACAAUCCCGGACACCAUCCCUCCAGCACUCUCUAGACUAGUAGAGGCCAUUGAAGCACGCCCCAACAUCUCCGCCUAUAUCGAGCAGACUCGACACAAAAAGGCAUAG